CCACCAUCCGGCAGUGGACGGAACGCUCCCUUCUCACGGCACCAGCCAUGGCCUUUGCGAAGCCGAGCCUGGAACGUCUGGAGACCAAGGCUGUAGAAGAGGAUUCCAGGAGCAAGUCGACUCGACAGCAGUGGAGGCACUUGUUUGAAGACUUCUGCACAUGGCUCCGGGAUCAGGGGCAAGAAUUGAACCCCACAGAGCUGGACACACAGCUCUCGGAGUACUUGCGAAGCAAGUACUUCGAGCGGAAACCGAGAUCCUUCGCCGUGAAUGUGGUGAAGGCGGUGAAGUUCGAGGUUCCUUCGGAGUUGGGGCGGGAUGGGCUCUGGCGAGCACGCAGUGCUGUGGCACGCUGGGAGGCCUUGUCAGGACCAUGGGUUGAGAGUGAUGCAAGCAAGGCCCUCCAGGCAUGUUUGCAGGCCUUUGGCACUCUGGCUCUAUGUCAAUUUCUCGGCUCCUCCUUGGGCGUGUUUACCUUGCUAAGCCUGCGACGGCUCUUCAAGGGCAUGGCGCCAGCGGUGGAUUAUGCGGUACAGAGGGUUUUCCAGCACAUCUUUCCCAAGGCCGCAGGAUCAGGAGGCAAGUUCCUUCAAGAGGAUUUUGCCAACUUUUUCACUGCUCAGUUGAGCAAAGAAUUGAGCGAUGACGGGGAGCUUAAGGAGGAGGAGGACGACAUCAAGGAUGUGAGAGAAAAACCAGGAGAAGAGGCCGAACCGAGGCCGCAGACGCCCAAGACACGUCAUGCGGCGAUCCGCUUGGUGAUCAAGAAUUCGCCGGCACUCUUGCAGCUGGAAGUGUCCGGCUCUGCCGCAUGGCAGGUCAAUGGGCAUUUCGCUUUGCUUGGAGAGGAGCUCUGUGACCUGAACAUGGACACAGUGGGCCUGUUCUUCCGCAAAGGCGGUCCCAGCCCGAGGAAUGCAGAUGAGCUGAAUCUGCUGGAUGGCAACAAUCUGGAGACCUGCACGGGCGCUGGCUGCACGGGAGAGGUCGCUGCCUUGGGGGAGAGGUUGAGAUGCUUCUUGGACCCCAAGCACGCACCAGAUGUGAUGGAAGUCUUGAAUUCCAAGACGUUGUCCACCAUCAGCAAGCUUUUUCCGGAUGGCAAGUAUGAUGUGGCCCUUCUGCAGGAGACCUGGACAGCCUACGAGGAGACGGGGGUCUAUGCGCUGGAGGAGACCAACUGGCUGAAGAAGAUCCGUGGCAGGCCCAAUGAGCUCUACCUGUCGGUGCCUGACAAUGGCGACUUCGAUCCGGAGAAUGUGAACCUCUUGCUGAAGACUCAGAAGCACUUGGAUUCGAACAGGGUGGACUUUUACUCUCAGCAAUUCCAGCAAGCCUUGGCCGAUGGAAGCCCUCGCCGACCCACGGCGCUCAUCUUCGACUUCUUCAACCACGGCGAGAUUCACGCCGUGCAGCCCGACGAGCCGGACAGCGUCCGCGGUCCUGGGGGUCGUCGUAAGCAGAAGAGAGCGGCGGAGGCGUGCGACGCCAAGUACAUGCAGAGGAGGAUGAAGGCAUGGAUUCUGCUGGAUGGACAUCAUAAGGUGGAGGCCGCAGCGCGCCUGGGCUGCUCGGUGAACUGCCUGGUGUUCGCCCCGUGUGCGGAACCCUAUGAGCCCAUCGAGGCGGAGGAAGAGUCUUCGCCCCUCUUGGCGAAGAGCGUUUGCUUCCCCGACUUGUGGCCGGACGCGCAUGGGGUUCCGCAGGCCGUGUGGGAGGCGGCCAAGCUUUGCCCUCACAGCCCCAUGCUGCUGAGCAGUGGCCAUAUGCCUCCUGAGAAGUGGCAAGAUGCUUUGGGAUGCACUUGUUUUCAGGAGGCGCCCGAGUGGUUCCCAAGCUGGGGUAUUCCUCUCCAAUUAGACACCUGCCCUGACUGACAUGGAAGUCAAGUCAGACCAGGCUACGCCGUCCUGCAAAGCAUGAGUACGAGGGGCGUCCAUCCAGGAAAGAAAACGCUUUGCGAGAAGCUCCGGAAGAAAUUCGGCCCAGAGCAUGAGCUCUUCACCGAGCACUUCCGCUCGCGCAUGUGCGAGCUCCCUGAACACCUGCUAAUCCCCUUGUGGUCCCUUGGUGAGUUGUGACCAGAUGUGACGCUGUAAGAUUAUACUAAGGGCCCCCUAAACCGGUGG